ACCAUAUUCCAUAUGUAACGUAUAAAAACCUGCCCGUCGCCAUAUUGGAUGUAGCACAAAAGUGUCAAAUCAAGUGGUCCCAUUUAGUAAAUACAAAAUCAUCGCUUAUGUCGUAUCCCUGUCAUCAUAACAAAACGAGGUUAAUUCGAUUCGAGAAAUGUCAUCAUAACAUCAUAACAAAAUGAGGUUAUGAAUUAUUAAAGGUGGUAAAACGUGUUGUACACAAACGCAAAUAAUUUGAUAAAAAUGGCACAAAAUGUGCCGAAUAUCAAACGAAACGCCCCAAAUAUAUUAGUGACAGGGACUCCUGGAGUUGGAAAGUCGACUUUAUGUUCACAGUUGGCAGAAGUCACGGGAUUACAAUGGUUAGAAAUAUCAAAAAUAGCAAAAGAUUACAACUGUUUAGAAGAGUUUGAUGAAGUGUAUCAGUGUCCAGUUUUAGAUGAAGAUAAGUUACUUGACGGACUGGAAGAAGCAAUGUGCAAAGGAGGGAACAUAGUAGACUACCACAGCUGUGAAUUUUUCCCAGAAAGAUGGUUCGAUGUAGUAUUUGUUUUAAGGGCAGAAAACACAGUGCUUUAUGACAGAUUAAUUACAAGAGGCUACACAGGAAAGAAGCUAGAAGAUAAUGUGCAGUGUGAAAUUUUCCAAACUAUAUUGGAAGAAGCAAAAGCAUCAUAUAAAGAAGAAAUAGUGCACGAACUAUACAGUAGGACUACUGAAGAAUUACAGGACAAUAUUAAUAGAAUUUGUGUGUGGUUGCAAAUGUGGUUUAAAGAUAACACUAGUUGAUUAUUUGUAAUGUGUCAAGAAUAAAUUUUUUUUAUUGAUCAUCUGUACCCACCAGAUAUAAGGAAUGUAAAUAUAUUUGUUAAUAUAGUAACUUUAUUCAAUAAAAUAAAAAGUUUCAA